CUGGAGGCGCAGCACCGCCGCCGCCACCGCUGCCGGUGCUGGGGAUCGCGGACCCGCGCGCAGGCGGCGCCCGAGCCUCCGCUCCUCAGCCAGCUCGCGCGCCCGCUGCUUGCCGGGGCCGUCUCCCGCCUCCCGCGGUGACCCGCGGCAGCACCCGCCGCGUUGCUGCCCGCCCCCCAGGUUCUGCCCCUUGCUGGGAAAACAGCAAAAGAAGGAAAUUAAGGCUCCACCCUGUAAUUUACCCAGAUAUCAAGGCCGACAGACUGUGUCCGAGACGAAAAGCCACAGGCAUCUGAGGAUAAAGCACUGCAAAACAGCAUUGACCGUGAAACCAACUACAGCCAACCUACCUAGAAGACCGACUCCAAGGUACAAGGUGGUUUGGACAUCCUCAGUAUUUGCCUGCUGUUUCCUAGUCAACCCUGCUUUAUGAAAUGGAAUGAAGCUGAAAAAUCACCUGCUUUUUUGUGAAUUUGAAGGAAGAUUGGGAUGAUCUCAAGUAACUAGACUCUAACUGCAGCGAUGAGUUCAGACGAGAAGGGUGUGUCGCCUGCUCAUAAAACUUCCACUCCAACCCAUAGAAGUGCCUCCUCUUCAAUAUCCUCCCAGAGGGACAGUAGGCAGAGUAUCCACAUCUUGGAGAGGACAGCUUCCUCUGGCACCGAGCCCUCUGUAAGUCGGCAAUUGCUAGAACCGGAGCCCAUCCCCCUCUCUAAGGAAGCUGACAGCUGGGAAAUUAUAGAAGGACUGAAAAUAGGCCAAACUAAUGUCCAGAAACCAGACAAACACGAAGGCUUUAUGCUGAAGAAAAGAAAAUGGCCUUUAAAAGGCUGGCACAAGCGUUUUUUUGUCCUGGAUAAUGGAAUGUUAAAGUAUUCAAAGGCACCACUUGAUAUUCAAAAAGGGAAAGUCCAUGGGAGCAUAGAUGUUGGACUGUCGGUGAUGUCAAUUAAAAAGAAAGCACGGAGAAUAGACCUUGACACAGAAGAGCACAUCUACCAUUUGAAGGUGAAGUCCCAGGACUGGUUUGAUGCGUGGGUCUCCAAGCUGCGCCAUCAUCGGUUAUACCGUCAGAAUGAAAUUGUGAGAUCACCGAGAGAUGCUAGUUUUCACAUAUUUCCUGCAACGUCCACAGCCGAGUCCUCCCCAGCUGCUAAUGUUUCUGUUGUUGAUGGAAAGGUGCAACCAAACAACUUUCCAUGGCAGUCCCCUCUGCCAUGCAGCAAUAGCCUCCCUGCAACCUGCACAACUGGCCAGAGCAAGGUGGCAGCCUGGUUACAGGACUCAGAAGAAAUGGACAGGUGUGCAGAAGAUCUUGCACACUGCCAGUCUAACCUUGUGGAACUUAGCAAACUCCUGCAAAAUUUGGAAAUACUUCAGAGAACUCAGUCAGCACCAAACUUUACUGACAUGCAGGCUAACUGUGUAGAUAUUUCAAAGAAAGACAAGCGGGUCACAAGACGCUGGAGAACAAAAAGUGUCAGCAAAGAUACAAAAAUACAACUGCAGGAAGGGCCACCCGCGAAGGGCCAGUUCAGCACAACUCGGCGCCGGCAGAGGCUAGCAGCAGCAGUGGCUACAACAGUUCCUUUCAGUGCCACCAUGUCACCAGUUCGCUUGCAUUCCUCCAACCCCAACCUUUGUGCAGAUAUUGAAUUUCAGACUCCCCCCAGCCACCUCACUGACCCUCUGGAAAGUUCAACAGAUUAUACAAAGCUGCAAGAAGAAUUUUGUCUAAUUGCACAGAAAGUGCAUUCUCUUUUGAAGUCUGCAUUUAAUAGCAUAGCUAUCGAGAAAGAGAAGCUGAAGCAGAUGGUUUCUGAGCAGGAUCACAAUAAAGGCCACAGCACGCAGAUGGCCCGGCUCCGACAGUCACUGUCUCAGAGUGAAGGAGCAAGCAAAUCCUGGGCACUCAACCAGAACGCUGAAUUAAGGAGUCGGUUGAACAGAAUACAUUCAGAAUCUAUUAUUUGUGAUCAGGUUGUCAGUGUAAAUAUUAUUCCUAGCCCUGAUGAGGCUGGUGAGCAAAUCCACGUCAAUCUCCCCCUAUCACAGCAAGUAGCCAAUGAGAGCCGCCUCUCCAUGUCAGAGUCUGUGUCUGAGUUCUUCGAUGCCCAAGAGGUGCUUCUCUCUGCAAGUUCAUCAGAGAAUGAGGCUUCAGAUGACGAGUCUUACAUCAGCGAUGUGAGUGAUAAUAUAUCUGAAGACAACACCAGUGUUGCGGACAAUAUUUCUCGGCAAAUCCUGAACGGGGAGCUCACAGGAGGCGCCUUCCGAAAUGGCCGUCGCACCUGCCUGCCUGCUCCUUGCCCUGACACCAGUAACAUUAACCUGUGGAAUAUCUUGAGAAAUAACAUCGGUAAAGAUCUGUCCAAAGUCUCAAUGCCUGUGGAGCUCAACGAACCACUCAACACCCUGCAGCAUCUCUGUGAGGAAAUUGAAUACAGUGAGCUGCUGGACAAGGCCUCAGAGACGGAUGAUCCGUAUGAGCGCAUGGUUCUCGUUGCUGCGUUUGCAGUUUCAGGAUAUUGCUCCACCUACUUCAGAGCAGGAAGUAAGCCAUUCAACCCAGUCCUUGGGGAGACUUAUGAAUGCAUUAGAGAAGACAAGGGAUUCCGAUUUUUCUCAGAACAAGUUAGCCAUCAUCCACCCAUUUCUGCCUGUCACUGUGAAUCAAAGAAUUUUGUGUUUUGGCAAGAUAUCAGAUGGAAAAACAAGUUCUGGGGGAAGUCCAUGGAAAUCCUGCCUGUUGGAACACUGAAUGUCAUGCUCCCAAAGUACGGAGAUUACUAUGUGUGGAAUAAGGUGACCACAUGCAUUCACAACAUCCUCAGUGGGAGAAGAUGGAUAGAGCAUUAUGGAGAAAUAACUAUUAGAAAUACCAAAAGCAGUGUUUGCAUUUGCAAACUCACAUUUGUCAAGGUGAAUUAUUGGAAUUCCAAUGUAAAUGAAGUCCAGGGGGUUGUGAUGGAUCAGGAAGGAAAGGUGGUGCACCGGCUAUUUGGGAAGUGGCAUGAAGGGCUCUACUGUGGUGUGGCCCCCUCUGCAAAGUGCAUCUGGAGACCAGGUUCCAUGCCAACCAACUAUGAGCUCUACUAUGGCUUCACACGGUUUGCUAUUGAGCUCAAUGAGUUAGAUCCUGUAUUAAAAGAUCUCCUUCCACCGACAGACGCCCGGUUCCGGCCAGAUCAAAGAUAUUUGGAAGAAGGGAAUUUAGAAGCUGCAGCAGCAGAGAAGCAAAGAGUAGAGGAACUCCAGAGAUCUCGAAGACGAUAUAUGGAAGAAAACAACCUUGAACAUAUACCAAAAUUUUUUAAAAAAGUUAUUGAUGCGAAUCAAAGAGAAGCCUGGGUCUCCAAUGACACCUACUGGGAGCUUCGAAAGGACCCUGGGUUUAGCAAAGUAGACAGCCCUGUUCUCUGGUAAACUGGGAACAUAGAGUUAGCCCACAUAUCACACUCUGAAUGAAUAAAUAACUAUGCACAAUUAUGUUUCUUAUAGCUACGCGUGGUUUCUGGGUCGACUGAAAACCUACCAUAUGCUUUUCUAUUCAUCUUUAUAAUGGACUUUCAAAAGUGCAUUAGACAAGGCCCCUAACACUUUUGGAUCCUUUCUGUUUUGCUGCAACCAUAUUCCUUAAAAAAAAAAAAAAAAAAAAAAUCCACACCCUCCUCAGAAAGCAGAAUAAAAGGAGCAGAGUACAAAAUC